GUCGUCAAUGGGAAGUGCACGCCAACGUGGAAAAGCGAAUACUGUCUAGCUAACUUCCAUUUACAACAUGGGUUCUACGUCGAUUCCGUGUUUGUGGAUUACAUUUAGCCUUCAUCUAUGUUGUUUUAUGAACACUGGAAAAGCACAGAAUGCGAAAGAAGUGAUUCUGUUGGAUUCCAAGGCACAGCAGACAGAGCUGGAGUGGAUAUCUUCUCCUCCUGGUGGGUGGGAAGAGAUCAGCGGGUUGGAUGAAAACUACACCCCUAUUCGCACAUACCAGGUUUGUCAGGUCAUGGAACCCAAUCAAAAUAACUGGCUUCGGACUAGCUGGAUAGAGAAGGGCGAUGCCCAGAGGAUUUUUGUGGAACUGAAGUUCACGUUGAGGGAUUGUAACAGUCUACCCGGUGUGGUGGGCACGUGCAAGGAGACAUUCAACUUGUAUUACCAGGAAACCGAUUCGGAGGUCGGCAGGAAUAUACGAGAGAACCAGUACGUGAAAAUUGACACAAUCGCAGCAGAUGAGAGCUUUACCCAGGGGGACCUGGGAGAGAGGAAGAUGAAGCUGAAUACAGAAGUGCGCAUCAUUGGGCCGCUGUCCAGACGAGGGUUUUACCUGGCCUUCCAGGAUGUAGGGGCAUGCAUCGCUCUGGUCUCUGUCAAAGUUUAUUACAAGAAGUGCUGGUCCAUCAUUGAGAACCUGGCCACUUUCCCAGACACUGUUACGGGAUCCGAAUUCUCCUCUCUGGUUGAGGUCGAGGGCAUGUGUGUCAGUGACGCCGAGGAGGAGGCCGAUAAUUCUCCCAAGAUGCACUGCAGCGCAGAGGGGGAAUGGCUGGUGCCUAUAGGGAAAUGUAUAUGCAAAGCUGGAUUUCAUCAGAAGGGCGAUGCAUGUGAACCAUGCGGCCGUGGGUUCUACAAGUCCUCGUCCCAGGACUUGCAGUGUUCGCGCUGCCCAGCACACAGCUACAACGACCGGGAGGGCUCGUGGCGCUGCGACUGUGAAGAUGGCUACUACCGGGCGCUCUCGGACCCACCCUCUGUAGCCUGCACAAGACCUCCCUCAGCGCCACAGAACCUGGUCUACAACAUUAACCAGACCACCGUCAGCCUGGAGUGGAGCCCGCCGGCCGACAUGGGCGGUCGUAACGAUGUCACCUACAGGAUUAUGUGCCGGCGCUGCAGCUGGGAGCCGGAGGAGUGCGUGCCGUGCGGGGGGAACGUGGGCUACUCCCCCCAGCAGGCGGGAUUAGUGGACACCUAUGUAAACGUGGUGGACCUACUGGCCCAUGCCAACUACACCUUCGAGGUGGAGGCCGUCAAUGGGGUCUCUGACCUCAGCCGCACCCAGAGGCUGUUUGCCGCAGUCAGCGUCGCCACCAGUCAAGCAGCUCCCUCCCAAGUCAGUGAGGUCAUCAGGGAGAGAGUGCAGCAGCGCAGUGUCCAGCUCUCCUGGCAGGAGCCUGAGCAGCCCAACGGAGUCAUCACCGAAUAUGAGAUUAAGUACUACGAAAAAGACCAGAAGGAUCGGAUCUACUCCACAGUGAAGUCCAGAUCCACGUCAGCCACAGUGAACAAUCUGAAGCCCAGCACUGCCUACGUGUUCCAGAUCCGAGCCUUCACCACGGCCGGCUACGGCACCUACGGACCCCGGCUGGAGGUCACUACCAAGGAGGAGGCCUCAGCAUCCACCAUUGUCUCCAGCGAGCAGAACCCCGUCAUCAUCAUCGCGGUGGUGGCAGUGGCGGGAACCAUCAUCCUGGUCUUCAUGGUGUUUGGCUUCAUCAUUGGGAGAAGGCACUGUGGCUACAGCAAGGCAGACCAGGAAGGAGACGAGGAGCUGUAUUUCCAAUGCACCAAAACAUACAUUGACCCUGAAACCUACGAGGACCCGAACAGGGCUGUCCAUCAAUUUGCCAAGGAGCUGGAGGCGUCGUGCAUUAAGAUUGAGCGAGUUAUUGGAGCAGGAGAGUUUGGGGAGGUGUGUAGUGGACGGAUGAAGCUCCCAGGGAAACGGGACACGUCAGUGGCCAUUAAAACCUUGAAGGUGGGCUACUCAGAGAAACAGAGGAGAGACUUCCUGUGUGAGGCCAGCAUUAUGGGCCAGUUUGACCAUCCCAAUGUUGUCCAUCUGGAGGGAGUGGUGACCAGAGGAAAACCGGUGAUGAUUGUGAUUGAAUAUAUGGAAAACGGCUCAUUAGAUGCUUUCCUCAGGAAACACGAUGGUCAGUUCACAGUGAUCCAGUUAGUGGGGAUGCUGCGGGGCAUAGCAGCAGGGAUGAGAUAUCUCUCUGACAUGGGAUAUGUCCAUCGAGAUCUGGCCGCACGAAACAUCCUUGUCAACAGCAAUCUCGUAUGUAAAGUGUCUGACUUCGGCCUGUCAAGAGUGAUCGACGACGAUCCUGAGGCUGUCUACACAACAACGGGGAAGAUGCAGGAUAUAAUGAAUUUGAUCUUUACUCCAGCCACUGACCUGCAUUUUACUGAACAGGGCGGAAAGAUACCUGUUCGAUGGACAGCAAUGGAAGGCAUCCAGUACCGUAAAUUCACUUCCGCUAGUGAUGUGUGGAGUUAUGGCAUUGUCAUGUGGGAGGUCAUGUCCUAUGGGGAACGGCCUUACUGGGACAUGUCCAAUCAAGAUGUGAUAAAGGCAAUAGAGGAGGGGUACCGCCUCCCUGCUCCCAUGGACUGCCCUCCAGGCCUGCACCAGCUAAUGCUGGACUGCUGGCAGAAAGACAGGGCUGAUCGACCCAAAUUUGAUCAAGUAGUUGGCAUCCUUGAUAAGAUGAUUCGCAAUCCCAAUACCUUGAAAACCCCGGUGGGAACAUGCACGAGACCGAUUAGUCCCCUGUUAGAUCAGAGCACACCAGACUUCACUACGUUCCACUCGGUGGGGGAGUGGCUGGAGGCCAUCAAGAUGGAGCGAUACAGAGACAACUUCACCGCCGCUGGCUACAGCUCACUGGAAUCUGUGGCAAGGAUGUCAAUCGAGGAUGUGAUGAGCUUGGGGAUCACUUUAGUGGGCCAUCAGAAGAAGAUCAUGAGCAACAUACAGACUAUGAGAGCCCAGAUGCUGCAUCUCCACGGCACGGGCAUCCAGGUGUGAUGACAGACUACAGUGCCCCCUGUGGACAGGGGGGCAAAGAGCUAUCUAGAGCAGCGCUAGGGCAGAACUUCCCAGGAUAAUCAUAAAAAAUCAUGUGACGUGACGCUGUCUCCUGUGUCUGACUCUUUUUUUUCCGGAUGUUUUGGAAUAAAAUCAUUCCUUUGUUCCUCGGCGAAGGAUUUAACCCCUCUUUAGAACGGGUACUAAGGAGAGAAUGAGAGAAUACUCCCUGGACAUGAUGCCACUCUGAGAAACUCUCAACCACAAAUAGAGAUGGAGCUUUGGAGAAGGAGUUUGAUGCGUAUUACCUUGUUCUUUUAAAAAAACAUUUUCCCCUUGCGGUGGUUUUUCAGUAUUUUUUCUUCUAGUUUGUUAAUUUUGUUAGUUUCAGAAUGCACAGUGAUAUGGUGUGAAACGUACAGUAAUCUUACAUUUUUCUUUCCCGUUACAACUAUUUUCUUCCUUUUUUUAUUUUGGACUUGACAAGAGGGUCAACAUUCCCAUCCAAAAGGACAGAGUGAAUAUGGUGUCUGAACAUUUUGGUGGAGAUGAUUUAGAGGUUCUUUGACCAGUUUGUCUUGAGACACUCCAGGCUGUUUUAACUGUUUGCAGUGAGUUGUGUUUUUUUCUCCCUGAUGUUUUUGAAGUGAAAAUGGUAUCCUGCACCUCAGAUCAGUGACGUCAGCGAUAGUAGUAUUCACUUGGUUGUUUCAAGCUUGCAGGAGUGGCUUGCUGUAUGCAUUUCUCUGAACACAGAUGCUCUCGUUGUAUGAUGAAAACAUUUCAAAUUUGUAUGUAGGAAUUGCGAAACAGUAUGACACCAACAAGGCAAAUCGAUUUCAGAUUGAUCACAACUUUUAUAUCUAAUAUCAAGCAUCAAAGUGGCAAUAUUUAUGUUUACCACAUGAAUCAUUUUACCUUAUUGUCCAAUAUGCUUUCAAUCUGAAAUGUUUUGUUGUUUAAUUAUUUAAUUGAACGUUUCCACAGAUAGCACUAUAGAAAGGUUGUAUUGUAACUUAAAGAGAUUACUUGAUCCACCGCAAAGGGUUUGAAAUGCCUAAACAAAAAUAUGUUGUGUUGCAGCAAAUGGUAUUUGUUUCAUAUUUCGGUGAAUACAGUUGUGAAGGGUGAAUCUAUGAAAGGCUGUGUAUGUUCUUUGCCUUAAAACUGCCUUAAAACUAAUGUAUUCCCAUUCUUUUUAGGCACUUCUAUGGCAUUUUUUUUUGUGAUUCAAUGAGACAGAAGUCUUAUGUAGGGUUGAAUGGACAAGUUCCCUAUUUUCUUUGUGGUAUCCUGUCAUCCUGAACAUGAAUCAAAUUUAGUGCAUGCACACUUACAUAUGUUGAGUGAUGAUUAACACAAUCAGUGUAGAGUAGAAGAUUGAACAGAGCAAUAAUUAGCCCAGGUAGAAAUGGUCCUUCUCUGAGAUUUUAAGGUGCUAGGUUUUACAGAAAUAUCAGUUGUGCUGGGAAAACGCUUUGGAAAAAUUCUGUCACCAAUAGGAAAAUGGAAUAUGUAUUGACCUUUUUCCAGUUGAAGAUUACCUGGAGUAUAGGCUGGGAGGAUAGAUUGGUACAGUAUACUGGAAUACCGAGUUAUCAAAAUAAUGAAAUAGUAAUGCCACUUACGAAAUGGUAUACCGUGACAUGCUAAUGACUUCAUAACAAUGUCACAGAGUAUGAGUAUGUUGAGAAUAUAUGGCUGUUACAGUGGGGUGAAAUGACAUUCAACCAGCAGAGAGUUGCACUUAUUAGUCAUGACAUCAUCCUUUCCAUUGCAGCACACUGAAUUUGCAGGCCUUCGAUUCGGUGCGAGGUACCUACAGUAACUAAUAAUAUCAUAAUAUAGUGAAAAUCCUGAUACUCCUUAUUAUGAUGCUCAUACUGUGAAAAUCACACACCGUCCCAGCCCUGGCUGGUCAGGAGAGCUAGUCACAUGUCUAUACUUUAAAUGACAAAGAAAUGAGUGAACCAACCAUUCAUCAGAGAAUACAAAGCUGAAGAAAUAUUCAACAUGAUAACAUUCAUUUUGUUGUAGAAAGAGAAGACUGAUGGCACCAUUAGGUUGUCUUUUUAGCACAUAUUUGCAGAGCCCAUUCCUCAUCUCUGUGCCUUUCCAGGCAAACAGGGUGAUGUAACAUGCAUAAAAGUGUUUAUAUGCUUAUUUCCUUAACUUCCCUGCCCCUUUGUAUGUUAAUCAGGGCACAGAGAUGAGGAAUGAGCUCUGCAAAGAUGUGCUAAAAAGACUACCUAAUGGUGCCAUCACAGUAUUCUCUUUCUACAACAAAAUGAAUGUUAUCAUGUUGAAUAUUUCUUCAGCUUUGUAUUCUCUGAUGAAUGGUUGGUUCACUCAUUUCUUUGUCAUUUAAAGUAAGGAGAAUAUAGGUAUUUCCAAUUGCAGUUGUGUAAAAAAAGGCUAUAUCCAAGGCUGUCUUAAUGGACUGAUCAUAGAUCCAUAUUUUCAAAGCUGCAGCUUUUCCCAAUGAUUUAUUUAAGACGCCCUUCAAUAUGCCUGUAGAGAAUGAAUUGGUCUUCAGAAAACCAACCUUGAAACACCAUCAUGGACUAUGGCUGCAAGCUUAGUUUUUGCAAAGCCAUUAGUGACUUUGUCUAUUCUUUCCUAGAUUAAUUUCCAUUGUGCUCGGUCCAAAGGGACUCACACCUGUGUGGGGGUACCCAGGGAAUCAGACCAUGCCCAGCCCGCUCUGGGACCCGUGUCACAGACAGACAGACCCAUUCUUUAUCCAUACAGCAAAGCUCAGCAUUUGGGUCCAUGCCAGCCCUUUGAAUUGAAUACCAGCGUAAAGGCAUUCAGUCAGCACAAAACUCCCCAGUUCACAGGAAGGCAAGCAGGCUCCCUCUUUCGCUCUCUCUCUCUACUCUCCACUGCUUUGAUCUUCAACAGCGGGCCCCUAGGGGCCUUCACACCCCAGAGCUGGAGGCCCCCACUCCCCCUCCCCCCUCUCUCUCUGAGUCUGGGGUCCUGUAGAGACAGCAAUUUUGAGCCAAAUUGAGAUUAAGACCUGGAUACAAUCGAUCCGCCAUAUAAAUCAUCUGUAACCUUCACAGGCAGUCACCUUUUACUGUCCGCUUUUACUUUGGUUGUUACCCAUUUUCUUGUUGAGGAUGUUCAAGUCAGGCAGUUCGUGUGGUGAGUUGAUUGGAUUCAGGAAUGAGAACACAUUUUAAAUACGAAGUAGAAUGGUUAUUAUUUUCAAAUCUUUUGGACAAACCAUUGGAAAUUGUGGACACGCCUUCGCAAUGCAUAGGUGGUGGAUGAUUCCAAAGAGUUCAGCACUGUUGAUUGUGUCAGAAAGAUCAGAGGUCCGAGGGAAACUUUGUAUAUGUUCUAAUUGUAAAACCUGUACAUUUUUAUUUAUAUAGUUGUUUUUUUACACACAUUACUCUGUAGUGAGCUCUGAAUACAUUGAAAAUGCACUAUAUUUUUCUAUCUCACUUGCAGAUGAUUAUUGUCACCCAGAAGAUUUCAGUUGUACAUACUUUCUCAUUUAGGACCAAAGACAGGUUUUCCAUCUAGUUUUUAUUUUAGCUUUUAGUUUAAUGUACAGUUAUAUGAAUUGUCAAUUUAUUAUUUAUUUUACUGUGAUGAGAGUAUUGAGUAUUCAUCGGUCAAGAGUAUUUUCCCCAAACAGCAGAACUGUAAAAUCAUUACUUCAUAGACGAUUUCUUGUUACAUAGGACAUUUCUUUUUUGCUUUGUAACCUUUGUAAUAGACUGUACAUAUAUUUUUGGAAAUAUAAUACAAUCUCUAUAGAAAACGUUUGUUUCUCAUUGGAUUCUUUUCCAUCAUAAAUAGCUACUAUUAUAAAGGAUUUCCAUGUAAAC